AGAAAAGUCACGUUCGGCUGAGACCUGUUUCCAUACCUAAGGUGUCCACAUAUACUCUACUAUAGGUACUGUAUACCCGCCGUCGCUGGGCAAAACAAAUCAAUCACGAAUGCAAGGGUGCUGGCUGCACAUGCUGACUGGAUCCGAGUCCUCCUGUGCACAGUACAGUACAUCCAGCACAAACAAAGCGUGUCUCACACGUGCAGUGCUCACGAGGGUGGCCAACCGUACCACACAACUGAUCUCUGACCGCCACCACGCAUCCACCGUUCCGCCCAUUCACAUCCGCAUCGGCCUCGAGUACAGUACAGUACAGUGCAGUAUUUGCCCGAUGGUGGUACGACCGAUCCAUAAUCUCGCCGGUCACCAGCUAUGACACUGCAGCCGGCCACCACCACCUGGGAACAGGCCCUGAUUGGAGGUGGCUUCAUCGUUGGUGAUAUCGCAUACGCUUGGGGUUCGGGCUUAUGGAAUUUAUUGACGAGCAAGGGCGAAGAACGACGCCUGCUUACCGCUCUGAAGAAUGCCACCAGCUACGAGGAAUGGUGGGACGCCGCGGUUGCGUUUGACGAGCUUCGCGAGCCCUACGACUGGCGCAUGAAUCCCAUCGACAAAUACUACGACCACCGCCACCUGGAAGAGAGGCGAACCGAGCUUGCCCGUCUGCGUCGAAAUGGGAACCCGAUUGCGCUUGCGAGUUAUCUCCGCCAUGGACUGAUGCGCGAUCUGUUCAACGUCACGAAAUUGAAGUUGUAUGACAGAACAUAUGCCUUUACUAAAUCGAGUAUUCAAGCCUACAUCGCCGAAUCGGUCGACGCCGUUCGCUACAUCGCCGACUCUCCGACCGCGCCACACUCUGGGACUGGCCGCUUCACUGCGCAGGAGAAAUUGGACUUGCUGCACGACUCGAAGGGCACCUAUGGAAGUACCGCGCUGCUCCUCCAGGGAGGCUCCAUCUUCGGCCUAUGCCAUCUCGGAGUCGUGAAGGCACUGCAAGAGCAUCACAUUCUUCCCCGGGUCAUCGUGGGAACGGCUACCGGCGCGCUCAUCGCGGCACUAGUCUGCAUCCGCACGAGUGAUGAACUGCCGCACUUCUUGCAUGGCGAUAGCAUUGACCUCAGCGCAUUCGCAUCAUCCGCUCAGAAGAAACGUGAUAAGCUGGAAGCGGACCUUGCUGAAUACAAUGCCGAUUCGUCGAAGACCCGGAUCCAUGGUUGGUUCGAGAUUCUCCGACGUCGCGCUCACCGACUGUUCCAGCAAGGUUUCGUCCUCGAUCCGGCAGUCCUCGAAGAAGCCAUCCGUGCAAAUGUGGGCGACAUCACCUUCGUCGAGGCAUACGAGCGAACCGGGCGAAUACUGAACAUUGAAAUCUCCCCUCCGAAUGAGGAAAUUCCGAGUCUAUUGAACUACCUCACUGCGCCAAACAUGCUGAUCCGCUCUGCAGCCAUGGCAUCACACAUCACGAACAUUGAGUCCUUCUCCGAGUUGUCGAUCGAGUUUCUCUACAAAGAACGGGACGGUAAGAUUCGGGCUCUGGAGAUUGGUCCCCCUGGUAGUGGAGGAGAGCUGCGCCGUCCGCCUUCGGUCACAGCACGUCGCACACCCAUCGCACGGCUGAAGCAGCAGUUCAACAUCGACCACUUCAUCGUCUCACAAGCUCGACCUUACGUUGCGCCCUUCGUCUCCCCGUCUCUACCGUACGAACGACGAAACAAGCCCGCCUUCACUCGGCUUGUCCGCUGGCCACUGGACCUCGCCCGCUUCGAUCUGGCCUCCGCCCUUAAGCAGGGCCUGCUGAUGACCGAGAUCAUGGGCUUCUUGCCCGACGGGCUCAAGCGCGUCUUGAACGACGAGACCAUCCAAGGCGACUUCCUCAAGCUGGUCCCCGAAGUCCAAGUCUUCGACUGGUGGCGGCUGCUGAAGAACCCGUCCAAGGAAGAGGUCGAUUUCUGGAUCAUGCGCGGCGAGCGGUCGGUGUGGCCGUCGCUCUGCGCGCUCAAGGUCCGAUGUGCGAUCGAGGUCGCCUUGGACCAGGCUUACGAGCGC